AUGGAGCCAUUAACUUGUUACUACACCAGACUGGUCGGUAUGAUUCUGUUUUUUCUUGGCAUAGUCUUUCUACUAACAUCCGCAUCCGUUAAGUACGACCAUAAUUCGACUGAGCAUGGUGAUGGCCGUGUUAAACAAGCUCACUGCAGCUUCUCCAGAGAAGCUAGAAGAAUAGGCCUAGAAAAAUACCUUCAAAAGGUUCUUAACACAUAUUACGAGCUUCAUCCGCAAGACUUGGUUUAUAGGCCUGGAGGUGUAACAACAGAGGAACUAAAUGCAAAAUUUAGACCAUACGAUCCAGAUCCAAAACAUUUGAAGCGAAUCUCCGAUGUAGCGCGAGAGCUUCUAAAGCAACUCAACGCUCUUCGUGUUAAUAAAGGGCUAUUAAAACUUCGCGAGAAAAAGGCGCUUGCUCAAGUUAAACACUAUCUUGUAAACAAUUUCGGAACGCCUUAUAAUGGAGACUAUUACGCGGGCGAUUUUCUUAUGGGACCCAAUCUGUUUUGCUGGCAGCCUAUAUGCGAUGUGGGUUAUUCUGAUAUCCGGUAUGGUUUGAGUAAUUUACGCAUUAAAAACUUGAAGGAUGUUCAGUUGGUGAUCAGUAAAAUGAAACUUGUUGAAAAGACGUUCGCGCAGUACAUCCAUAAUCUGAAACUUGGUAUUAGAGCUGGAAUGGUGCGAUCAACUGAAGAAUGUGUUGCUGGCAUAAAUUCAUUUCAACGAAGCUAUUUUCAAGUGUUUCUUAAGGGGGAAAAAGGUAUGUAUUGUGAAAUCCCGAUGGAAGUUGAUACAACAACAAAAAAAAAACCGGUACUAAAAAAUUGUUCGUAUCCGCCUCUGAUAUAUAUGAGAUAAGUGUGUGUGUUCUUCGCUUCAAUUGCAGGAUUGAGUGUUCCGUUUGAUAGGUUCAUUUGAUUGCCAGUUUUUCUUUCCUCAUAAUGUAACUGAUGGGCAGUCUGCAGGCUAGUUUCGUAAACACAAUAGACUGCAAAACAGUCGGGUUUUUUUUGUCUCAAAAUCGGUUUUGCAAGGUGCGAAGCGAAAGCGUGAUAUCCUUGCGCAAAGCGCGCGAGCUCCUUUGAGGGCUCUCGCACGCGUUCUCCUACGCGAAAAUGCAGGCUGGUUCAGUUUGUGAAUAACAAACGUUAACAAAAUGUUCUUGAGAGACAGUUGGAGAACGCGUCAGUGAGUCGUGAAAGGCAAGAGAGAAUUUGGUCCACUCUUAAUGUAUGUGUAGCUUUUCUCGGAUUGUCCGAAGAAAGAGCGUCUUUGCUUCCACUACAGGUAAAGUAGCGAAGAUGGCAGUCGUAAGACGCUUAGCACAGCCACAGUCUGUAAUCAUUUGCGGUCAAGAGGAAGGUUAUCUUUCCUGGUCUUCUUCAGUCACAGUAUCACUGCAGUGA